AUGGCUACUCCCCAGGAGCCAAUGGAUUGGAAUGUGACCGACGACCACCAACUGACAAAUAACCUAUUCGUCAAUGAUAUUCCAAUUGCAGCAACAGGAGGUGACAACUUUUCAAAUCAAAUUCAGCCACCUGACAUGGCCAGAGACAUCGCUAAAGAGUAUGGUAUCAAUAUCAAUAAGCCAAAAUUCCAACAAUUUGCAAUCAAAGAUGUUCGUCUGAAAACUUUCCAAAAUUGGCCAAUGAGCUGCAACCAAAGACCCGAAGAUCUAGCAGAGGCCGGGUUCUUUUAUUCAGAAAAUUCGGACGCCGUGUUCUGUUUUGAUUGUGGACAAGGUCUCAGAAACUGGGAAGAUGAGGACACGCCCUGGGGUGAGCAUGCGCGCUGGUCGCCUGAAUGUCCUUAUCUUCUCAAUACGAAGGGAAAAGACUUUGUUCGUUUAGAGCAGUUACGUGACACGGAUCCGGUUCAGUUUAUUGCUGAGAAAACGCAAGCUGUACAAGAGUCGCAAAAUCGACCAGCUGAUAGAAAUACUGAAAAUGACACUUGGAAUAAUCCAGCAGUUGAAAGUUUACUUCAGAACGGAUACGGGAAGAAAAUGGUUCAUAAAGCCAUAUUCAUUUUUCGUAACCAGAGAGGGGAAAAUGCGCCUUUAUCUGCAACAGAACUUCUCAACAUAAUUUUCGAUUUGGAAGAUGGGACAGUUGUUUGCGAUGAUGUUGAAAAGAAAGAAGCUGAGCUCCAGAGAAAUUUGAUUCGAAAAGAGAACGAAGAGUUACGGAAGUCGACCAACUGCCGGAAAUGUUCCAUACAACUCGUAUCCGUGGUGUUUCUACCCUGUGGACAUCUCUGCACUUGUACUGACUGUGCACCGUCAGUCAAGAACUGCUUGAUGUGUGGCGCUUUUAUAAAAGGCACCGUACACACCUAUUUGGUGUAAAAAACACAUUUAGCAAUAUCAGCUGAAAAUGAUAUACAUGGUUCAAUUCAG